CGUGUUCUGAUCACGAUGCCUUGUUUUCAUCAUUUUCCAUCCAGUGACUAGACGUUUCAGUCGGUGAUAAUGAAGCAAGGUGGCGCAUGUUAAAAAACGGUCUGCGGACUUUCCUCGCGGGCUUGCGGAUCGACCCGUUUGAAGACAUCAUCUCUCUGCUGAUGCUCGACGCAGAUGUUGCAGCUCGCAGCGGAUCUGUCGGAGGAUCGCGGUGCCGCGCCGCCCGGCGGAUUUUAACAUUUCCACCCAGCCAUCCUGCCUCUUCUUCCUCUAAUUAAACGGCGUCACAUGCUACCGAGAAGCACUUUAACGCAUCACAUAUGUCCUUCGAUAUAUGCCGCAGCAUACGGGAUCCGGACCAACACUGGAGGCCAGCAUGCACGGAUGGGAGAACGUUUUUAUAACGCUUUCAAAUCAUAUUUCCUAAAUUCUGGUUAACUUUAGAUUUAAGACUCGACCAUGGGGGAUGAGAACCGCCUCUCUCAGCAGGUUCAAAGUGUGGAGAGGAGUGUCUUGUUUCUCAGACAGGAGCAUCUCACUUUACUCCAUGGCCUCCACCUGGAGAUCCUCUCUCUACAGAAACGAUGCACAGAGCUGACAAGCGAGCUGAAGGUAAAGCCUCCAGGCAGGAGCCAAAUAGAGCUGCAGGAGGAAGAGGAGAUCCUGGAAGCCCGCUGUUGGGAGUUGGAAAACCGUCUGACGGAGCAGGAGUACACUUUAGGAGAGCUUCGUAAGGAGCUAAGUCACAAAGGGGCUUUGGUGGGAGCUCUCCGAGCCAAUCUCAAGGAAAAAGAACGACAUUUUCUUGAAGAGCUUAAACGCCGCAGCCACUGCUCAACUCUCCUUAACACAGAGCUGCAGAAGCAAACAGAGGCUGCAGCGUACCUUUCCUUCCAGCUACAUGCAGCCAAACAGAAAUUGCACCACCAGCGGAUGCAGCAGAGGCAGGGGCUCCUUACUAGAGCCAGCAGUCAGUAUAGUGCCGAGCAGAACUCUGUGUCUCUGCUAUCAGGGGCCUCCCCCUCCUCUCCUGUGGUCAAACCCAAGCGCAAGAGCGUUAGGGCAUCUUCAAGAGCGGAGCGUGCCCGAGAGUGUGUGCCCAUAGAGAAAGUGAUGGGCCCCGCAGAGCCCACAGCCAUGCCAGACCCGGCACUGUUCCUCCACCCUCGCAGGCACAGAGCCCGCUCCAGGCACACAGUGGGACAAAGACCGCCUCCACUGGGCCUGGAGAGAGAAGACGGGGAGGAAGGAGGUGGUGAGGGGCCGGUGGAGCCCCAUGAUGAGGCAGCCCGGCUGGUGUCUGCAGGAGCAGCACCCCCUGCUGCUCAGACGAAGGCAGAUUAGUGAUGACUUAACCACCUCUAACUGUUGUUCUGCACCUUGAUUGAACUGAUACUGAGACCAGAUUUAAUUAUGUUACAUUUAAUGUCAAUACUUUUUUAAUAUGUACUUUGAUAUAACCGUAAAUAACGUUGAAAGUGUCAGUAAGUGUCACUUUAAGUCUUAGAAUGAAAUUAAUUGCUUUGCUGUUAAAUACAAAACUGUGGAGCCUUAAUUUAUAGUAGCCCCUUUUUGAUUUAAGAUGACUGUGAGUUUGGCCGUGGUAGCAGAAAGUGGACUGCAGCCCAGAUGGGCAACCAAACCAACUGUGACCUCUCAAUGUUGACCAUGAAUCACCUCUGACUUUGUCACAGCUGAAAAUAACUGAGGUGGGGGCCACCAUCAUAUUGAUUAGAAGAAGCCAUGUUUACCUCACUAUGAAUAGAAUAGAAACAGUAGCUUGGAAUUCUUUGUUUCUUUUCCUUAACAGUCGAUCUCAUACAUGAACUUUGGUUUAGAUCCAUUUAGGUAUCUCAGUGAGCCAUAAAGCACAACAAUAAAAUGUUCAAGACACUUUCCAACAGAAGUUGUUGUGAUGCAUCUCCUCUGUUGCAUUAUAGCAAAAAGCAACAAGCAUACUAUGGACAUUUUUUUAAUAAUUUAAUAACUUUUAAAGUCACUAUUUACACACUAGUCAACAAAAUAGAACUAAAUUUUCAAAAGACGUGAUUGCUAUG